UUGCAACACUUGCGGUUGAAAUACAAUAAACACAUUUUUCGUGAAAGCUACCGCUGCCAACCGAAGGCUGACUUUUUUUCUCUGGCACCAUGGCAUGAUGGGAAAUAGAGUUAUUGUCAUUAAAUGCCACUUCGCGGUCUGAAACUGUCUAACUGUCGAUUGCGUGAGAAUACUUGCCUUUCUAUUUACAUUUGAGGAAAAUGCACUUGGUCUGAGGUUAGCGUGUUGUCAAAUCCGUUUACGGGGCGAAAGAAAACUUCCUCUCUUAUCAAUCACCGGUGACGAUUUUUUUCCCGAGCCAGAAGAAGACCAGCCCCGGAGGAGACAGGGCAGGAAUGGUAGCUGGUUAGAUUUCAAAGCAGAAACGAUUGGAUUCGCUGAAUAACGCGGUCUGUUAUUCUGCUUUAACGAUGAAUUUACUGCCAUCGAAUCCACAUGGAAAUGGGCUUCUUUAUGCUGGAUUUAACCAGGAUCACGGGUGCUUUGCUUGUGGGAUGGAGAAUGGAUUUCGUGUGUACAACACAGACCCACUGAAGGAGAAAGAGAAGCAAGAGUUCCUGGAAGGUGGGGUCGGCCACGUGGAAAUGCUCUUCAGGUGUAACUACCUAGCACUUGUAGGUGGAGGAAAGAAGCCCAAAUACCCAACAAACAAAGUGAUGAUCUGGGACGACCUGAAGAAGAAGACGGUCAUCGAGAUCGAGUUCUCCACAGAGGUCAAAGCAGUGAAGCUGCGGCGGGACAGGAUCGUGGUGGUCCUGGACUCCAUGAUCAAAGUGUUCACCUUCACCCACAACCCCCAUCAGCUGCAUGUGUUUGAGACGUGCUACAACCCCAAAGGUCUGUGCGUGCUGUGUCCCAACAGCAACAACUCUCUGCUGGCGUUCCCUGGCACUCAUUCUGGCCACGUGCAGAUCGUAGACCUCGCCAACACGGAGAAACCCCCAGUGGACAUCCCUGCCCACGAGGGGGCGCUGUGCUGCAUCUCGCUGAACCUCCAGGGAACAAGAAUAGCCACAGCGUCCGAGAAAGGGACCCUCAUAAGGGUCUUUGACACGGCUGACGGGCAGCUCAUACAGGAGCUGCGGCGGGGCUCGCAGACCGCUAACAUCUACUGCAUCAAUUUCAAUCAGGAUGCGUCGCUCAUCUGUGUGUCCAGUGACCACGGCACGGUGCACAUCUUUGCCGCAGAGGACCCCAAAAGGAACAAGCAGUCGAGCUUGGCGUCCGCCAGUUUUCUUCCCAAGUACUUCAGCUCCAAGUGGAGCUUCUCCAAGUUCCAGGUCCCGUCGGGGUCUCCGUGUCUGUGUGCCUUCGGAACAGAGCCCAACGCCGUCAUCGCCAUUUGUGCUGACGGCAGCUACUACAAGUUCCUGUUCAACCAGAAGGGGGAGUGUUCCAGAGACGUGUACGCCCAGUUCCUGGAGAUGACCGACGAGAAGAUCUGACGUCCGGCUGGCGCGCGUCCCUUCUUCGGGAUGCCCCCUCCCUCCCAGACCGAUAGACUCUGAGAACAGGAGCGCCAUCAGGUAGAGGGAGGACUGCGGAGCGAAGGAGCGCCUCAAACAUGGAAGGAUUAUGGAUAUUUUUUUUGUUUUUUUCUUAAAUCUCUGCACAUCUGGACACAAACACGACACAAAGAGGGAACGCUAUUUUUGAAAGAUUUUUAAAUGUCUUCCGAGGAGUUUUCACGGACGUUUUAGUCGCCAAGUGAAGCGAUCUAUUGAAACGUUUUUGUCGACUAACACUUUCACUAACUAUUGGCGUCCUCGGAGUCUGAGGAGCAUCUGUUUGUGCGUCAUGUUUGUGUAAAUACCACAGCAGGCGUUAGGGAGGCCGCCUCCUCCUGGUCCUGAUCUGUGAAGCUCCGCCCCUAAGUAUUAGCAGGCCUCCUUCAUCCAUGUGCAAACGCGCGCCGGCAGACUGAAGUUCUCUUAACACUGUACAGAAAGUUCACGUGGUUUUGUUUUCUCACGUGGUGCAAUACGCCAAGUGGGCGGGGUUUGGAGCAAAGCUCUCUGAUUCGCUGCUUAGGCGGUCAGAUUUACCCAAUUUGAAGGUUUUUGCUGAUUUCAAACUGGAAACGCUAAAGAAAGUAUUUGGAAGGUUGACUAAAGCUCCAAGUCUGACUUUCAGACUUCAUCGCAGAUCAACGUUGUUGUCCCCCCCCCCCCCCCCACACCCCCCCCUCCGCCGACACAACCGUUUGAAUCCAGACCCCGACGUCUCGUCUGGAAACGGAGCUUUUGGCUGCGUCUGCUUCACACUUCCUGUUUCCGGCGAUGCAGGACCGCACCAUCCGAUUCUGCUUCACCCCAAAACUGCUUCCUGACACUCGAUGAUUGUACAGCUGCAUUUGAAUUUGUGAAUAAAAUAUAAACAUCUGCUUUUCCAAA